AAUCAUACAAGCCCUAAAUCAGUGCCUUGAUGCCCUCCCCCGGCAGCAGCUGCAAAGAGUUGGGGCCAUCGGAGUGUCAGGACAGAUGCAUGGCAUCCUAUUUUGGAAAGCAGGUCAAGGCUGUGAAUGGAUGCAGGGAGGGACUGCCCUUGUAUUUGAGCCCAGAGCCGUAAGCCACUUGGUCACAUGGCAGGACGGCCGUUGUAACAGUGGUUUCCUGGCUUCUCUGCCCAAGCCAGCAUCCCAUCUCAGUGUGGCCACUGGAUUUGGCUGUGCAACCAUCUUCUGGCUUUUGAAAAACAGCCCAGAGUUCCUGAAGUCCUAUGAUGCAGCUGGUACCAUCCAAGACUAUGUGGUUGCCAUGCUGUCUGGCUUGCCAAGACCCCUGAUGUCUGACCAGAAUGCUGCUAGCUGGGGCUAUUUUAACACCCAGAGCCAAAGCUGGAACUUGGAGAUACUGGAAGCAGCAGGCUUUCCUGUCCACCUGCUCCCCGAUAUUGCAGAGCCAGGCAGCAUGGCAGGCAGAACCUCUCACACGUGGUUUGAAAUCCCAAAGGGCACACAGGUGGGCGUAGCCCUGGGUGAUUUACAAGCCUCUGUCUAUUCCUGCAUGGGCCAAAGGACUGAUGCAGUUCUCAACAUCAGCACCUCCGUCCAGCUGGCAGCCUCCAUGCCUGUGGGAUUCCAGCCACUGCAGACUCCGGAUCCUGCGGCUCCAGUCUCCUUCUUCCCUUACUUCAACCAAACCUACCUAGGGGUGGCAGCAUCUCUCAAUGGAGGCAAUGUUCUGGCCAUGUUUGUCCACAUGCUUGUUCAGUGGAUGGGCCUGGAGGUUGAAGAAUCCACUGUCUAUUCACGCAUGAUCCAGGCGGCUGCACAGCAGAAAGACACACACCUCACCAUCACCCCAACAGUGCUGGGUGAGAGGCACCUGCCUGACCAGCUGGCCUCUGUGACGAGAAUCUCCUCCUCUGACCUUUCCCUGGGUCAUGUGACCCGGGCCCUGUGCAGAGGCAUUGUUCAGAACUUGCACUCCAUGCUUCCUUUUCAACAGCUCAAAGAGUGGGGUGUGGACCGGGUGAUGGGGAGUGGAAGUGCGCUGUCCCGGAAUGAGGUGCUGAAGCAGGAGGUCCAGAGGGCCUUCCCUUUGCCGCUGUGCUUUGGGCAGGAUGUGGAUGCAGCCUUUGGAGCAGCUCUGGUCAUGCUCCGGAAAGACCUCGGCCCAAAGGAGCCUUAGUUCAGCAAGCUAAUUGGUUAAAGGAAUCUGGGAAUUCUAUCUAAUUGACAUUGCCAACAUGAUCAAUGGAUUGUCCUUUUCCUGGACCAUUCUGUGGGUAGACUGUAAAUUAUAAUUUAUCUUGAGGUACUAUCUAAAUUGGCCAAGAUCUUUCCUUCAGGGCACUCGAUAACCAUGCAGCCAGGAGUCACUAGUCAGAUCCCAAACUAGUGCCUUCCAAGAACAGGAUCUUCUGAGAGCUGAUUGCAAAUGCAAAUGUGAGAGGUGGGGAGAAUGGGAGGGUGAGAGGGAGAGGGAGAAGAAGAAAGAGAAAAACACAAACAGCUUCCUGAUCACUAGGCUCAUCUGUGAUUCAUUUUUAGACAGAAAGAAAAGAAAGACAACUUCAGAGCGAACAGUCUGAUAGCCACGGCUUCAACUAAGCAAGAAAGACUUGCUUUAUGCCUAGCAUUUGGACUGGUCCAGCUUAGAGUCAAAUGUGCCAUUGGAAAAAUCCUUCCUGCAGGAUUGUACCAGGUGGAGGGAGGCCCCCUUUUGUGGUCCCUUAGCUAUAGCAUGUUCUCUGGGUAGAGAGAGACCUAAGGACACUGACGCAGGAUGACUUGGAGGAAGCUGGGGUCUGUGUGCUCUCCUUGCCAUGUAAAUUUGUUUCUGGGAAAGUGCUGCACCAGGGAUACCCUGAGUCCUCUCAACACAGCUGGCUUGAAGGCACAUUCCAGAGAAGGAAAUGCAGUUCUGACAGACUAUUUUAAAGAUGGAGGCAAGGUACCCGGUCUUUUCCAUGACUGUGUACAGCCUUAUGUUCCCUAGCCCCUGCCACAGGGGGCAGUCAGUUUCAUGAGAGAAUGCCUUAUCCCACAGGUCCCACCCCUUUUUCUGUGGUGAGGGCCUUGCUGGCCUUUGAUGGCUCUGACUCAGUAGAAAUGCCCUGUUUAUGUGGGCUUGCAUGUAGGGCCAGAGCACCACCAAUCUUCCCAUGUUACAGUACCUUCCAGGAGAGGGUCAUCAUCACUGUGCCUACAACUAGACUUCUAAGGACCCAAGGCUCAGGGACACUUGUAACUUUGGGGAACAGUCAUCUUGUCUCUUUGUAUGAGUUGUUUUGUAAGCUCUGUGAUUGUGAGAACCCAUUUGAUGAACUUGGCUCCCACUCCUGGCUACAGUUCAGAUAACUGAAUAAAAUUCAUUUUUCCAGUUUUGGUAAACACA